UUGAGGGCGUCUUCAUCCAGUCCCGGAGCUGGGGUUUGGCUGUGUCCCGAAUCAAGCGGCGUGUGCUCCUGGAGCUGGGCGGGCAGCUUCUGCUCCACGCCCCUGAUGCACAACGCUCGGCGGUGGAGCCCUGGGUAAAGUCAGCCUGCCACGCCCCUCGCCGACCCGCGCCGGCUGCCGCGGAGUUCGCCUUGGUCCUGAUUAGGUUUAGCAGUGCCGAGACUUCAUUCUCCUCAAGCACCAGAGACUACUCCUUCGCUGGUCGUCCUCCCGGGAGCCACGCUUUAGGCCAGCUUCUUGCUCUCCCGCUUGCCAGUCUUGCUUUGUGGGGUCCCGGUGCACGCUCCUUGGUACGUGCAGCUCCUGAUCUAUCUGCCGCCUCCCUCCAGCUGGAAGAGGUUUGGCUCCUAGAGUAGCCAGGGAAGCUUCGGACCUACGUGGUGACGAGUGGACUGUUAACCUGCGCUUUGUCCUGGAGGGCCCCCUUUGACCUAAUGGCAGCACCUCCGCUGGGCCGACUGGUGCUGACCCAUCUGUUCGUGGCCCUCUUCGGCAUGGGUUCCUGGGCUGCGGUCAACGGGAUCUGGGUAGAGCUGCCUGUAGUGACGAAAGAGCUCCCGGAGGGUUGGAGCCUCCCUUCGUACCUCUCUGUGCUUGUGGCCCUGGGGAACCUGGGUCUGCUGCUGGUGACCCUGUGGAGGCGUUUGGCCCGCGGCAAGGGCGAGCGGAUCCCUAUCCAAGUGGUGCAGGGACUAAGCAUAGUGGGCACAGCCCUGCUGGCCCUUCUGUGGAACCACGUGGCCCCAGUGGCAGGGCAGUCCCACUCUGUGGCCUUCCUCACGCUGACUUUUGUAUUGUCACUGGCCUGCUGUGCUUCUAAUGUCACUUUCCUGCCCUUCCUGAGCCACCUGCCCCCUCCCUUUUUACGCUCUUUCUUCCUGGGCCAGGGCCUAAGUGCCCUGUUGCCUUGUGUGCUAGCCCUGGUGCAGGGGGUGGGCCGCCUUGAGUGUCUGCCCGUGCUGGCCAAUGAUACCACUGGGCCUCCUAUCCAGCUGUCCCCCAUCAAUUUCCCUGAGCGCUUUUCUGCCACCACUUUCUUCUGGGUUAUGACUGCCCUUCUGGGCACUUCUGCUGCUGCCUUCCAAGGUCUCCUGUUACUACUGCCGUCUUCAUCCUCUGUCCCCAUGGUAGAUGCAGGGCUUCAGAUAGGAACACCAGGAACAGAGGAGGAAGAGGAAGAGGAAGAAGAGGUCUCACCGUUGCAGGAGCCACCAGGCCAGGUGGCAGACACUGCUCCCAGCCCAGACCCUAAGGCCCAUCGGUUGUUCUCUUCCCGAAGUGCCAGUCUACUGGGGCUGCUGGCUGUCACCAAUGCUCUGACCAACGGUGUGCUGCCUGCUGUACAGAGCUUUUCCUGCCUGCCCUACGGGCGCCUGGCCUACCACUUGGCUGUCGUACUGGGUAGCUCCGCCAACCCCCUUGCCUGUUUUCUGGCCAUGGCAGUGCUAUGCAGGUCUCUGGCAGGGCUGUAUGGUCUGUCUAUUCUGGGCAUGUUCUUUGGAGCCUACCUGAUGACACUGGCAGUCUUAAGUCCCUGUCCUCCUCUGGUGGGCACCUCUGCAGGUGUGGUCCUUGUGGUGCUCUCGUGGGUACUGUGUGCGGGCGUGUUCUCAUACGUCAAGGUGGCGAUCAAUUCCCUGCUGCACAGUGGAGGCCGGCCAGCGCUGCUUGCAGCUGGUGUGGCUAUCCAGGUGGGCUCUCUGCUGGGUGCCAUUACCAUGUUCCCUCUCACCAGCAUCUAUCCAGUAUUUCAGAGUGUAAAGGACUGUGCGGACCAGUGUGGCCCCUGAACCUGGGACAUGUGGGACUUACUUCACCUCACUUGUCUCCCCCUGGAGAUCGCCACAGUGACUGAGUCCGGUGGCCCAAGGUGGCCUCUCUACUCACAGAUACACUCAUGGAUAUUGUACACUCCAUAAGAGACCUGGCUUUUGAGAAAAGACCAGGGUGAGGACCAAAGAGCAGGCCUGGAGCCAGGGGUAGGUUAGGGCCAUGGCCUACACCCUGGGAUCUUUGUGGGUUUUUCAGAAUAAAACAUCAUCUUUAUCCGGUGAGUUGUUAAUCCCACAGCACAGCUCCCUGUACCAGGUCAACUUCCCUCUGGGAGUAGAGGGUGUCUGAUCUUAUGGAACUGGAGUUACAGACUGCUCUGAGCUGCCAUGAAGAUGCUGGGAAUCGAACCCAGGUCCUCUGGAACAGCAGUAAGUGCUCUUAACCACUGAGCCUCCUCUCCAGCCCCAGGUGUUGGCUUUUAAGGUUCCAGCCCUCUCAGGAUCUAUCAGCUUGAGGGCCUCGCUUACCAGUCCUCCCAGCUACCAUCUUCCAGUUUUCCGCUCCUGCAGUCAGAGCCCCAGGUCCUGGUUCAGGAAGAUGUGUGGGGCGGUUCAGGCUCUCACACAAAGGGCUGGAACCUCAAGUAGAACUGGAGAGGCCAUGCCAGGGCAAGGGCCUUACUUUCUGCCUUCUUUACAUAUUAUGGCAGACAGAGAGAGGCCUGUCGGGGAGGCAGGACACCAAGUGUGUCCCCGUGUGACUAGAGUGGUGUGACGCCUCAGUCUCUCAGGAGUUCGGGGGGAUGGCGAUUUCCACCAACCCUUGCUGUCCAGUCCUUCCAGAUGAUCCUCUGAGCAGAAGCCUUUUGUCCUUGCCUUGGCCUCCUGGCUUUGUUGUCCUUCCCUGGGCCCUCAUACCUUGUCAGGACCCCUUGAGCAGGAGGACCUCCCUGUUUCCUGUGACUCAGACGUUGGCGCAGAUAAGCAGGGGUGGCUUGGUGAGGUGGGCAUGUGCUGAGGGCCUGCAGGGGUGAGGGUGCUAUGCAGGGGUGUCUGAAGAACUCUUGAGCCAGUAACCCUCUUCCCCUUUUGUACUCUGCCCUUGUCCCUGGUCAGCACCCAUGCCUGGGGCCCACCCUCUGUCCACCUGAGGCUAGAGACCGGUAGGGCUACCUCCAAGCUCCUUUUUUUGGUUUCCUUAGGUCAGUAAUCAAACGGCCUCAGCCCUGAGUUCCCAUGUGUAUCAUCUAUGCAAGGUAUGCUAGCCCAAGGGCCAUAGGUCAGCAUGGCCCUUCAGAUAUGUGUGGUCUGCUAGAGAGAAGGGGGUGGGUGCCCCAGAUCCUAGCCAGCCUGAGCCAGAAGUGGGCAGUUUGAGGAAACCACUGCUCUUUGAAGUUCUAGUACCUUCCUGUCCUACCACAGAAAGCUGGGCAAGGGUCAGAAUAACACAGGGUAGAAAACAAGUCCAGGAUGGAGACAAGGCUGUGUGCCAACUCCCAGGGUAUUUAUGAGGGACAGGACAGCCCAACAUUCAAGUCUCCAAGACUUCUUGUGUCAGAAGGCAAACCCUUGGGGACUGAGCCACACUACACUGUGUGCCACCACUAGGAAUGUCCCCUUGGCCUUUAGAAGUCAGAAAAGGGCCAUUUACAGGUAGCUUCUUUUCCCAGGUGUGAGAUAGCCCAUGAUGCAGGGAUGAGUCUUGAUGAAAUAAGGCUUGCCCUGGGACUGAAAGACGACCACUCAGGACUUGACCUCCCUGGGUUCUCAGCCCACUGGUCCCCAGUAGCUGUGGGUUCUGGUGUAACUGCAGAUGUGGCAGCCUUUUGUUCUCACCCAACCUAAUUUGGGGACACAGAACAAUCCUUUAAGGGCCACCACACUUGAAUUCAGAGGGAUUUCCCCAACUUCUGUGACGCUGGAGGACAGCAAGGGAUGGAGUAUCAGCAGUUCAAGAACUAGCCGCUGUGGCUGGAGAGAUGGCUCAGUGGUUAAGAGCAUUGCCUGCUCUUCCAAAGGUCCUGAGUUCAAUUCCCAGCAACCACAUGGUGGCUCACAACCAUCUGUAAAGAGGUCUGGCGCCCUCUUCUGGCCUUUAGGCAUACACACAGUCAGAAUAUUGUAUACAUAAUAAAUAAACAUUAAAAAAAAAAAGAACAUUAGAUUUAAAAAAAAAAAAAACUAGCCGCUGGGGCAGAUCCACCCCAUCUUACCUCCCAGGGGACCGUGGGCUGCCUCGCCUUUGCUCAAGUGCUCACAGCCUCCAGGGCUCCAAAUCUAGUAGUACCCAGUAUUCCUCUCCCUUCAUUUUCUUUCCCCUCUACCACUGCUUCCUCCCUCCAUUUUACCUUUCUUUUUCUCCCUCCCUCCCUCCUCCCUUCCUUCCCUCACUCCUCCCUCCCUUCCUCCCCUCCCACCCUUCCUUCCUUCUGACAAGAUUUCAGGUAGCCCAGGCUGGCUUCGAAUUCACUGUGUAGCCGAGGAUACUUCUGCCCUGAGUAUCAGCCUUGCCAGUUUACCCAGUCCUGGGAAUUGAAUUCGGAGCAAUGCGGAUGUUAGACAAGCCAUCUAUUAACUGGGUUACAUCCUUAGUCUCUUGUGUAUAUUUUUCUCUAAUUCUUAUCAUUUGUGAUUUUAACUCCAGAAGCAGGACUGGGGUAUAGUUCAAUGGUAGAGUUCUUGUCUAGAAUGUGCAAGACUCUGAGUUUGGCCCCCAGGACUGCAAAACAAAAACAUAACUAUUUUCUGUAUGAUAAUGGUCGUUGGGGAGAGUAUGGGGGAUGCUUAAUGGGUCUAAAGUUUGCUCUGAAAGAUGAGUCAUUGGGUUGGAUGGUGGUGGUGCUUACACAACAUUUUGAAUGCCUUUGAAGUCACUGACCUAUACUUUGAAAGUGGUUAAUUCCCAGCUCUUAGGAGGCAGAGGCAGAGGCAGGUAGGUCUCUGUCAGCUCAAGGCCAGCCUGGUCUACACAGUGAGCUCCAGGAUACCCAGGGCUUCAUAGAGAGACCCUAUCUCAAAAAUAAGACAAAAACGAAAAGUGAUUGAGAUAGUAAGUUUUUGUUUUGUUUUGAGACUGCCUCGGAUAGCUGAACCUGGUUUCCUUGUUCUUUUGUUUGUUGAGAUAGGGAGAGUCUCACUGUGUAGACCAGGCUGUCUCUGCUACUGGAGUGCUAGGAUCAGAGGUAUGCAUCACCAGACUUUGCAAAAAGAAUUAUCUUUUGGUACCAUCAAAUACUUACAGAAGAAAGAACACCAUAGAUGGGAUUUUCUUCAGAGUAGCCCGGCAGCCGGAUGUGGGACAUGCCUGGUGUAAGAUAGGCCUCAGCUGUUAGGAUGAAACAGACAUGUUCAAGAUCUUACGCUAUUUGGCCUAAUUUUGUGUAUGUUUAAAAUACCAUCUAAUAAAAGCAUGUGUUAAGCAGAAAAAUACAGUAGUACAAAACAUCAACUGUUGGUUUAGCGUAAAAGUGUUAUUUGUAUGAUAGUUAUUUAUAAUUUAUUUCAUGUGUGUGGUGCCUGGUGCCUACAGAGACAUGCGUCAUCUCUGGCAGCUGUGACAGUCAUGAUAAAGAAGAAAUGUGCGAGCAGAGUUUCUGUGUAUUGUUGGAUUAAUAGGAAUUAUACUUUGUUAGGCAUGGUGGCACACUGCUUGAACUCCAUCUACAUAGUGAGUUCCACGCUAACCAGGAAUACUCAUUGACAUCCUGAUAAAAUGUAUGUAUAUGGACAUUAAAUUUAAUCCAGAGAGAAAAUUGCCAACAAAAUAACUUUAAAAUGAAGAAGAAAAUGACAAAAGAAUUAAA